AUGGAUCAAGGAAAGGACCCACAGGGUGUGCCAUCGCUGUCGCCCCCAAGCACAACAACCGACAAGACCGACACACGUAUCAGCACAACAGCUCACGUCAAUGACGCUUCUUCGGGGUCUGACACCGACCAGCCUGAGGCUCAGACCGGUGUGCAGAACAUAGAAGCUGUAACUUCGACAUGGACGACAUCCUCCUUGGUCAUCGCUUAUGUGAUGAUCUGGGUCAUCUACUUCGUCAUGCUCAUGCAGCAGGGUGCCCUAACCGCCCUUACACCUUUCGUUACAUCCGCCUUUAAACAGCACUCCUUGACGCCAACCGUCGCCGUCAUCAGUGGCAUCAUCGGCGGAGUCGUCAAGCUUACCCUCGCCAAGAUCCUAGAUGUUUUCGGACGACCGCAGGGCUACCUCCUAUCCAUCUUCAUAGCCACCCUCGGACUGGUGAUGAUGGCUGCCUGCAACAGUGUGGAGACUUAUGCAGCUGCUCAAGUCUUUUACACAGUUGGCCAGAACGCACUGCUGUACAGCAUUUCUAUCUUUGUUGCAGACACUUCAUCCUUGCGAAAUAGGGGGCUUAUGCUGGCUUUCACUUCUUCGCCAAACCUCAUCACCACAUGGCUCUCUGGCCCGAUUUCCCAAGCCUACCUCACAGGACCAGGGUGGCGAUGGGCGUUUGGCAUUUUCUCGAUUGUCGUACCUCUCUUCACGCUCCCCCUAUUCGGACUCUUUGCAUACAAUCUCACCAAAGCCAAGAGACUGGGAAUAAUCUCCAAGCACACCAGUCAGCGGACUACGUUGGAAUCAUUAUCCUAUUACUGCCGAGAAUUUGAUGCCGUAGGACUUUUCCUAAUGUCAGCUGGCUUGGCAUUGUUCCUUCUGCCCUUCAACAUUUACUCCAUGCAAGACGAAGGAUGGCGAUCUCCACUCAUCAUCUGCCUAUUGGUCUUUGGUGUUGUUCUUCUCAUAUCAUUUGUCAUAUGGGAGAGAACAUUUGCCCCCAUCACAUUUAUCCCCUAUUCUCUACUAUUGGAUCGAACCGUCAUCGGUGCGUGUGGGCUCUCAGCCGUUUUGUUCAUUAGUUACUUCAUCUGGAACAGCUUCUUCAGUUCCUUCCUUAUGGUUGUCAAUGAUCUCAAUGUCACCAAAGCCAGUUACGUCUACAACAUCUACACUAUCGGCAACACACUUUGGGGGCUUGUCGUAGGGUGGAUAGUACACCGAACCGGCCGCUUCAAGAUCAUCACCCUUUGGUUCGCCAUUCCGUUACACAUCUUCGGUAUGGGUCUCAUGAUUUACUUCCGUCAGCCUGAUCAAAACAUCGGCUUCAUCAUCUUAUGUCAGAUACUCAUCGCCAUUGCGGGUGGUACCAUCAUCAUCACAGCAGGGCUGGCUGCGAUGGCGGCCGCUUCACACCAGCAUGUGGCUGUCGUACUGGCCACUGAAGCCAUGUUCGCUGAGAUUGGCGGAGCCAUUGGCCUGACUGUAUCUGCUGCAAUCUGGCAGGAUGUGUUCGCUAAGAAGUUGAUGGAGAAUCUGCCGACAGAAGAGCUGGCCAAUUUCCUGCCAAUCUACUCGGACCUCGCCACGCAAUUGAUGUACCCAGUAGGCUCUGCUACUCGUAAAGCCCUCCAGUUGGCGUAUGGUGAAGCUCAAAAAAUGAUGUUGCUUGCCGCUACUGCCAUCUGGGUGGUAGGCUUUGUGGCGACUUUUGCUUGGCGGGAUAUUAAUGUGAAGACUCUGAAGCAAGUCAAGGGGCAUGUAGUAUAG